AUGGGGUCCAGGUGGAGAAGACAAGCCCUCCCCCAACCUCCAAGUCCCAGAGCGGAAUCCGCCUCCUGGUUUUCGGGAGAUCCCAAGUGGGAGAGAGAGCUGGUGGACGCCAGCGAAUUAAGAACUGUUCAGAAGGGUGGGCAAGAGUCCUGCAACUUGGGGAGAGAGAGGGGCACACCACUUAACCACCCCUUGUCACCUCGUGAGGAGGUGGAAGCUGGGAUGGCCUCCACACCUCCUAGAGGGAACGAUCUUGUUUAUGCAGAGCCUAAAGAGAUGGAGUUUUCAGAGGUCGAUGCGGUUGAGUGGCUGCAAAACCCAGGCCAAGGUGGAUACCGGUGCCGUGAUAAGUUUCCAAAGAUGGGCCAGUCCAUUCUUAUGGGGCCGAGAGUCAGCCGGAUGGCUUAUGAGUAUCAAGAUCUGCCGCAGCAGCUGCAAGAAGUGUCUGUGGGAGACUACCAUCGAUAA